GUGGGGGAAUUUCCUUUCUUUUAUGUCACUCCGUUUACACCCAAGUUCCCUGUUCUAACACAAGCUUCCGAAUCGUCAGAGACAGAUUUUCCCGAUGCCAUGGCUAAGGCCAGAUACCCAAGCACCAGAGACCUGUUUUUGAUGUGUGCUGUACAUGGCAUCGUAUUAGGUAUGUUUUCAGAUAAGGUGCAAGGAGAUGGUAACCUUUACAGAGGUUUGUAUGCAUCAGAGGUGGAGGUCCUGAGAGACAGAGAAAUUCCUGCUGACCUUCCCGAGGAAGAAUUCAGAAGUGUCCGUUCGGCAUCCACCUGCUUGCAAAAGUGUUUGGGUGUUCCGAAAUGUCUUUCGUUUCAAUGGAACCUAAUGGAGGGACGCUGCAAAUUGUACAACAACAGUUUCUCUUCGUCGGAUAACAGCCAGAUAGGGAACAGAUACUACACCGUUAUCAAAGAUGGUUGCCAUCAGGACGGAUACCUCUAUAACAGUAGGCUGAGUCUCUGUUGGAGACCGUUUUCACAGAAAAUGAACUAUAGCGAGGCCUUACAGACCUGUCUGAGAGAUCGAGGCAGACUUCUCAGGGUAUCUUCACUUCCGAUUUGGGAGUACCUUAAAACAGAGCUAGCCGAGCACUCGAUGAGCUUGUUCUGGGUCCAAGGCACCACAAACGGAACCCACGUGGUUUAUGACGAUGGUACCGUGGCGGAUUUCAUGAGCCUCGGUUUCGAGGGAGGGGCCGAAGAGUUGGACCCGGGCGGUCGCUUUAUCAUCGCUAGAGAUCAAGACUUCCAGUGGAUGAACGUGUGGCCUGGUUCCAAAAACGGUUUUCUAUGUCAAGUAGCCUCCAAAACCGGUCCCGACACCAAAGGAAGCGAACAGGAGGCGCUGUACAUGUACUAGUACAUGUGUAUAUACAUGUGCAAUCCACAUGUACAUUAGGGCGAUAACGACAUGUGUAUUGUUGUUCAACAGUCAAGUUGUUUGAUCUUUUUAGUUUUACGAUAGUGUUACCGAAAAUGAAAAUCAUGUACAGUAAUGAAAAUAAAUCCACGUGAAAUGUUAA